AGUGUUCCAUUCUCUGCAUUGAUAGAUAAAAAUGGUCAAUAUCUUGUCGAAAGAUUCCCAAUCUCCACAACUCCAUCAUUAUCAUUAAUGAAUACACUAUCUAAAUUACCACACAUUAAUAAUAAUAAUAAUAAUAAAAAUGUAUUUUUAGUUGGUAAUCCAAUUGGAAGUGGAUUGGAUUUUACAGAGGUAGAGGUAAAUAAGUGCCAACAAUUAUUCGAACAAUCUGAAUACAACUGCCAUAGGUUAAUACGCUCAAAUGCAACUCUUCCAAAUGUUAAAUCAAUUUUAGAAAAUACAAGAUUACAGCACAUUCACUUUGCAUGUCAUAGUGGAUUCAAUGGAAAGAAUAAUUACUCUUUAUUCAAAGGGUCAUUAGAUUUGUCCAGACGCAGAAAUGGCAAAGCAGCCAAACUAUACUCAGAAGACAUUAUUCAACUUGGCAAUGGAAUCCAAUCCGAUACAGUAUUUCUAAGUUGUUGCCACUCUGGCAAAGGAAACAACAAACAACAAGGACUCAUUGGAUUAGUUUGGUCGUUCCAUUGUACAGGCGCUCUGUCGGUUGUCGCCAGUCAUUGGGAGCUACCAGACACUGACCUAACAGUUAGAAUGAUCGAGUGUUUCUAUGACAACAUGAUCAACAAGAAACUAAACAAAGCACAAUCACUCAGACAAGCACAAUUAAUCGCAAUCAACCAAUAUCAUCAUGAUCCUCGAUCGUGGGCACCUAUAUUUUUAUCGGGCUUAAUUUAA